AUGGAUCCGAAGGACGGGGCGUGUGGAAUUGCCGAAUUGCCAAAUGAGUCAGCAAUGACGUUACAGCCUCUGAGCUCCCUUUCUUCUAACAGAAUCGUAGACUCGAACUUGAAGUUUCACGUUCCGCGAUCUAGAAGUUUAGAGGAAUGUUACCAACAUGAUGCAGCUACCACACAUCCCCAGGAACUGCUCCUGAUGAAGAUAAACUUGAAAUUGGGGAACUGCCUUCAAAAUUUAAAUCUAUGUAAAAAUCUACCAGCUUUGAAGGUAUCAUAUAAACCGCAAACGUGUGAUGAGAGUCUUCAAACGUGUUUCAAAAAAAGCAUCAAGGAUAUGGCGAUCAACUGCGGUUCAACAGAAGCGAGGCAGAGCAUUGAAAACGUAGCCGUAAAAUCGAAUAGUAUCCUUAGCGCCUCAACAAUGACGGGCUUUGAAUUUGUGAGGCGUACGCAGUCCUGUAACACUAUUGUGUCAUUCAAAGACUUCUACAAGGAUCGCUUGCAAUACGAAGUGCUACAGUGGCUACGUGAGGUACCUAUCGAGGCCAAAUUCAAUACGACCAGCCGCAAAGUAACGGAGGCGAUUGUCAAUAAUUUGAUCGAAGAGAUUAACAAGUUGGCCGGCAAAGUGAACAGCAACAGCUACGAGGCCAAGCUUAAACGCGUCAUAGAGGAUUGCCUAACCUCCUUGCCGUUGCCAUAUCACAGCGCUAAAUGUGACAAGAUAAAGCGUAUACUCACCGAGAGCCUCAUCACUAGGAUCGUGCUUCUCAACCGCAGGUACAGCUUCUCCUCGAAGAACAGCCUGUAUUCCUGCGGCUUUAACGAUUUCGAAACGUAUAGGAGCAGCGCGGAGGACAGCGAGGUGCCGCUUAUUAAAGUAUACCGAAAGGACAUAUCCAGCUGGCUCCAGUCUAAGCAGCUUAAACGCAAGGACGGUGAUGAGAUAGAUAUAGCUGACCUGACAGAGAACCUGUUGGAUCGACUGUUGCCAUUGCUGUAUGACAAGGAUGCGAAGAACUCCAAAUAUCUGAUGAGGGGCGAAAUCAUUGAAGUAUUGAACAAAUUGUGUUUGAGCUUCCCAGGGAAGAAUGACCGUCUAUACUUAAAUGGCUUCGCUUGCGAACUAGCGAGAAUCCUCUUGAAAUCGCGAACGAACUUUCAACCAUCCCUAAGAAGUUCCGCUAGAAUUUUUUUAUCCAAUACAAAAAACUUUCUGCGUCAACUUCUUAAACGUAAGAACUCAAGGCGACGGAAGGAAAUGUUAAGGGUUUCUAAUGAUAAAGCAACUACCGCUUCACGUAAGCAUGUAAACUCU